UCCUAUCAAGUUUGGAAUCAUGUUCAUCAGUGCAUACAUGCUGUGGAAAUCAACUAAGAAACAUAGAGAGGCAAGAAAGAUGUUGAAAGAGGCAGUAAUGUUAGGAAAGGCAAGCAAUCCACAUGCAAUUUUGCUUGAAAAUGAUGUGACAGAUGCAGAAGGCUUUGGAUUGCCAAGUUUUAGUUUUGACAUCAUUGCUGCAGCAACAAACAACUUUCAUGAAAACAAUAAGCUUGGAGAAGGAGGAUAUGGUCCAGUUUUUAAGGGAAAGCUUUCAAAUGGACAAGAAAUAGCAGUGAAGAGAUUGUCCAAACAAUCUAUGCAAGGAUUAGAUGAGUUUAUGAAUGAAGUUUUCAUCAUAUCCAAAAUCCAACACAGGAAUUUGGUCAGGCUUCUUGGUUGCUGUAUUGAUGGGGAAGAGAAACUAUUGAUUUAUGAGUUCUUGACCAAUAAGAGUCUUGAUGCUUUUCUUUUUGAUUCAACAAAAUGCGCUCAGCUUGACUGGAGAAAACGUUAUAACAUUAUCAUCGGUAUUGCUCGAGGAUUAGUAUAUCUCCAUCGUGAUUCAAGGUUGAAAAUUAUUCACCGAGAUAUGAAGGCAAGCAACAUUCUAUUAGAUGAGCAGUUCAAUCCCAAAAUCUCAGACUUUGGAAUGGCACAAAUUAUUGGUGAAGAUCAAAAUUUAGAGAAAACAACCAGAGUUGUGGGAACAAUUGGUUACAUGGCUCCCGAGUACAUGGUAGAAGGCCAAUAUUCAGAAAAAACUGAUGUUUUUAGUUUUGGAGUUUUGCUCUUAGAAAUCAUGAGCGGACAAAGAAAUAAAUUCAACAAAGAUAGAGGCGACGAUAAAAAUCUUUUGGGAACGGUUUGGAGAUUGUGGGUAGAAAAUGAAGUAUUAGAGGUAAUCGAUCCAUCAUUGGGUGAAUCUUGGCCUCCUUCAGAUGUGUUGAAAUGUAUUAAAGUGGGACUCUUAUGUGUGCAAGAAUUUCCAGAAGAUAGGCCUACCAUGGCUGCUGUGAUUUCAAUGUUGAGCACUAAAGAUGAUAUUGACUUUCCCAGUCCCAAAAGAUCUGCCCUUUUCAGGCAUACUCAGUCUUCAUUAUACACUGAAGAAACAAGUAUCAAUGCUUUAACCUUGACGAAAUUACAAUGUAGAUGAUCUUCAUCUCAUCAUCUACUGCUACUUGUACAUGUAUAGUACUUGCGACCAUGCAUACACUAAAAUGUGUUGUUUUUA